GGACACUCUGUAUAAAGACGUUCAGUUACUUACACUCUAGUAUGAUUCUUGGUUGACGGAGCUGGAGCGGUGUGUAAGGGUUUAUGCAAGGACGUUGCGUAUACUUACAACAUACUUCAAUAAGGGUUUCGUUACACGCGGCUGGACGCUAAUAUACUACGCAUCGUUGCCUUGCAUCUAUACAUUUGACAGACAUCAAGUCAGACCCUGACAGCCAUCCAUUAUCAGAAAGGCGUUUGCAACCCUGCACACCGGCGACGUCGAUACUGAAAGGAAAAUGUUAUUUUAUAUCGGAUAUCUUGUUUUUGUCUCCUCAUUGUGUCUUCAUGGAAAAGUCUCGGGUGACGAAGAUUUUCCCAAGGCAAGAAACCUUACAUGGUCUUCAAUUAAUUUCAAGACUAUACUAAUGUGGCAGCCUAAGCCCACCAACUAUGUGUACACCGUUGAGUACUAUGCGUUAGGAAAAGAUAGAAUGAAAAGCCGAAACUGCAUAAAGAAAGAUGUGGUAGAAUGUGAUCUGACCAGACAGUUGACGGACCUGAAAGAAACGUACAUUGCUGAUGUCAUAUCUGAGCCACUUCCAGGGCAGCCUUUUGAUCAAGUAGAGUUCCCUCACACCUCCUCAGAAAGGUUCUGCCCAUACAAAGACACAAUAAUUGGGAGACCUGAUUUUGAUGUUGAAGUGAAUGAAGCAAAAGACAAGAUUACAUUACACAUAAAGGACCCAAUUUCUGCAGUCAGCAGUGGAAAUAGGCUUCUCAACAUGAGGGAUAUUUUCAAUGGUGACCUGCAAUACAAAAUUAUCUACAAAAAAGCCGAAAGCACUGGAAAAAAAGAAGAACACACAAAAAGCAAUACCUUUGAACUCAAAGUGGAUCGUGGUAAAAGUUACUGCUUCAACGUUCAAGCUUAUAUCCCUACUCGAGUAUAUGGAAAACAGUUGGGUGAGCUCAGCCAACUUAAGUGCUCUCCAGCAGGGGAAAAAUCCUUUUUCGAAGAGUAUGGAAUUCGUGUGAUUGCAGCGGUCAUAAUUACAGUGAUAAUUAUUUCUAUACUUAUUAUCGCUCUGGUUGUGAUCCUUUGCAAACGAAGUCAAAAUGGCAGUGGAGGACCAGACAAAGAAGGCAUGUCAUUAAGAAAUGUUUAAGGACAAAGGCUGAAUGUGUUGAAAUGGAAUCAAACAGGGUACAUCAAAACACUUGGACCCAGAACUAAAAACUCUUGCAAAAGGAGGAAACAGGAGUAUGAAUCCCAAUUCAGCAUUCCUCUGUUAAACACUGGAAUAACUAAUUUAGUUUCUAUGAAACACUACAUUUUAGAUAUGUUACACAUACUGUUUCGUUUUUAUUAUUAAUUGGGGGUGUUUUUGUAGAAAAUAAUGUAUUUCUUCUACAUGUUGAUUGCUGGUACUUUAUAUGGGAGCAAAGCACUACUAUGAUUUUAACUGUAAACUACUUUUGUUUUUUUAUAGAAAUCAUUAUCUUCCCCUUUUAAUUGAAAAUGCACUACAUCUGUUGUAAUAACUUUGGAAUACUACUUCAGAAUCGGUUUAUAUAUAUAUACUGUAGUACAAUAUUUAUAAAUGGCUUUAUGGGGUGUUAAUUUAUGCUUUGUUAAUAUUAAUAUAGUAUUUUUUGUAUAUUUGGUGUUAUUAUAUAUUUCUAUUUUUUAUAAAGAUUUAUAAUAAACUGCAGAAUUUGCUGUUGUUUACCUUUUCAUCUUAAUCUAGAUAGGAAUCCAGCAACUGUAAGAGACGACUUGUACAUACUAUUGUGUAUUUCUAAAAAGUAAAGUUAUUUUCUUCAUUGAAAAAAUCUUCGCAUUUUGACGUUAAUCAAAUAGUAUAAAUAAAUACUCAUUUAAACAUGA